AACCAAAUUCAAUGGAGGAGCUUUAUUCCUUUUUUUUGUUAACUUUGGAAUCAAAGAAUUUCUAGCUUGCCAGAGCCUAAUCGUUCAAGAGAACCCGGAAUUGCAAAUUGAUAGUUGUUUCCUUCUUUCUUCUACAUUGUUUCGUUUUGUACAAGAUCAAUCAACAGCAGAUGACAGUUUUCUCGGGGUUCUAGGUCUUUAAUCAAAAUCAGAUUCUGAUUGGGUCUUUUUGUCAAACUAAAACCCCAUAUAUUGCAUUCUGAUUUUGACAGCAGUAGAUUCUGACUGGUUUGAUCUCAAUCCAAUUUUUCAACUAAAACCCCAGAUUUGAAUUGAGUUGUUCUCAGUUCUAAUUUUGUGAUAUGAAUCGCAGGAGAAUAUAUAAAUUUUGUCCAUAGACUCCAUACCACAUCCAUCAGCAAUCUAGCCUAGUCUUUUGUGAUUGACUUGUAAGCUUAUACACUCUAUGCAACUAUCAAACAAUAAUAUAGAAGCACCAAAUAUGAAGACAGUUAGUAACUCAAUACUGCCCUUAUGUUGUCUUUGUGUGCGCCUAUGCAGUAACAAGUCCUGCCUUGGGAAGAACAUGUAUGGCACUACAAGUGUGGCGCAACUGUUUCUCAAAUUCACAGAGGGCCCGCUCUGAAUGAUAUCUGUCGCCGGAGAUGAACAAUCUUGAGGCUCACCUUUUCCUCCCAGCUAUAAAGUUAAUGCAGGAUGUGAAAAUGUACCAAUUUCUGUCUAUUUAUCUAGCUACUACUUAUGCAUCUUAUUAGUAUCUGUUUUAUCUGAGUAAUAAAAAUUCAGUACAACAUUCCUACAAAUAUACUGUAUAUCUCCUACGUCUACAUAUGUAUGUCCCUUCCCCAUUUCUUUCUUGUACAACCAUGGUUUGCCGAUUCAUCGCCCUCUUUUUUCUUAUGUUAUUAGCAACAUCCAAAUUUAAUGUAUCUGCUUUUACAAAUAAUGAAACUGAUCACCAAGCUUUACUUUCUUUUAAGGCAUUGAUAACAAAUGAUCCAUUGAGUGUGCUGAGUUCAUGGAACAACUCCAUCCACUUCUGUCACUGGAAUGGCAUUAGAUGCAGCCGGAGACGACAGAGAGUAACAGCGCUAAACCUCACCUCACAACACUUGGGAGGCAAAUUGUCUCCUCAUAUUGGAAACCUCUCCUUUCUCAGGGAAAUUUACCUCUCUGAAAACAACUUUCAUGGCUCAAUACCAAAUGAAAUUGGAUGGCUCUUUCGCCUACAAUAUCUUGAUCUCGGAAGCAAUUCAUUUCAAGGUAGAUUCCCUGCGAAUUUGAGCCAUUGCGUAGAUAUCAGAAACAUCAGUUUGGCUGAAAAUGAACUUGAGGGAAAACUACCUACUGAGUUUUCAACUUGGCCUAAGCUUUACUUGUUGAAUCUUGGAUCCAAUCAUUUUACUGGAUCAAUUCCACCUUCAAUAGGAAAUAUAUCAUCUCUUCACAAACUUUCUCUAAGUUUUAACAAUCUAGCGGCAGGCAUACCUUCGGAAAUUGCUCAUCUUGUAAACUUAGAGGUUCUUGUCAUGGGCACAAAUAACUUGUCGGGUAUGGUUCCCCUACCACUUUACAACAUUUCAUCCCUCUAUAGUUUUGGACUAACCGAGAAUAAGCUAGAAGGAAUGCUUCCAGCAGAUUUAGGCCUCACCCUUCCAAAACUUCAAGAAUUCUACAUUGAUUAUAACAGAUUUUCAGGCACGCUUCCUCCCUCACUAGGUAAUGCCUCCAAUCUUGUUAAUCUUGACAUUCUAGAUAACAAUAUUAGAGGACCUAUACCAAACAAUUUGGGUAGCCUUCUUAAUAUUGAAUGGCUAAGUCUGGGUAAGAAUUCCCUAGGAGAAAAUAUGCGGCCUGGUGACUUGAGCUUCUUUGAUUCUUUGAUCAAUUGCACCCAUCUACAGUUGUUGGGCUUAAACACCAAUGGUUUAAUAGGGAAACUCCCAAAUUCGAUUGUAAAUCUCUCCACCACUCUAGAGGGACUGUAUAUGUACAGAAAUCACUUAUACGGAAGUAUACCUCGUGAAAUUGGAAAACUUGUGAACCUGAGAGUACUUAAUUUGAGAUACAACAACUUAACAGGAACCAUUCCAGAAUCAAUCGGAGAGCUUUCACAGUUAGGCACAAUAUAUUUGUAUGAUAAUAGCAUUUCAGGAGAAAUUCCGAUUUCCAUUAGCAACAUCACUCAGUUAAGUGAACUCCAUUUAUUUGAUAAUAAGCUCCAAGGGACCAUACCUCCCGGAUUGUUUAACAUCUCAACUCUACAGAAAUUGUCCCUUCAUUACAACAGGCUUGGAGGUUUAAUACCUAAGGAAAUUAUGUAUUCUUCCCAAUGUAUUUUCCUUUAUUUGCACGACAAUCUAUUCACUGGACCGCUCCCAUCAAACAUUGGAAGCUUGAAACAUUUGGUUGAGCUGUAUGUUUCUGACAACAGACUAACAGGAGAUAUACCAACUACCCUGGGUGGUUGUGUUAUGUUGGAGCAGCUACAUAUGGAAGGAAACCUUUUUCAAGGUAGAAUUCCGUCUUCUUUGAAAGCUUUGAAAAGUCUUCAAGUUCUAGAUCUCUCUAGUAAUAAUAUAUCUGGGAAUAUCCCAAGAUUUUUUGAAGAAUUUCAUCAUAUUGAAUACCUUAAUCUUUCACACAACAAACUCAAAGGUGAAGUGCCUAGAGAAGGACUUUUUUCAAAUAUGAGUGUUUUCUCGGUUGUUGGAAAUUUGGAGCUUUGUGGAGGUAUUCAAGCACUGCAUUUGCCUGCUUGUCCUGUAAAAGUCUUGAGGAGUAAGAAAAACAAAAUUUCCUUGAGAAAAAUACUACUCCUAGUUCUUCUACCCUUUGGUAUCUUGUUAGCAUGUCUUGUCUUCAUCUGUUAUCGACGUGGAAACUCGAAGAAGCUGAAUGACCCUGUCCCGGUAUUUGAGGACAACCUAUUUCCUAGACUUUCAUAUCAAGAUCUUCUAUUAGCUACAAAUGAUUUCUCCCCAGAAAGUUUGGUCGGUCAAGGACGAUACGGUUCAGUUUACAAAGGAAUUCUCGAAUCGGGUGAACACCUUGUUGCUGUGAAAGUACUGAAUGUUGAAGUACGUGGAGCCAACAAGAGUUUUUUGGCAGAGUGUGAAACUUUGAGGAAUAUUCGUCACCGAAAUCUUAUCAAGAUCAUCACGGCAUGCUCAAGCACGGACUUUAAGGGCAAUGAUUUCAAGGCAUUGGUUUUUGAGUUCAUGCCUAAUGGGAGUGUUGAAAACUGGUUGCAUCCAGGUCCUUAUAAAAACAGGGAAAGAAACUUGACUCUACUCCAGAGACCGAACAUAUCCAUCGAUGUUGCAUUGGGAGUAGAUUACCUGCAUCAUCACAGCCACGCAAGUAUUAUUCAUGGUGAUAUAAAGCCAAGCAAUAUUCUUCUUGAUGAAGAAUUUGUUGCUCAUAUUGGUGAUUUUGGUUUGGCCAGGUUUUCCUUUGCUACUACAAGUGACAUCAAUCAAGCACAAAUGAGUUCAACCGGUGUACGUGGAACGGUUGGAUAUGUUCCUCCAGAGUAUGGAAUGUGCGCGGAGAUAUCUGAAGAGGGGGAUGUGUAUAGCUAUGGAAUUUUUCUACUUGAAAUGUUCUCAGGGAAGCGUCCUACAGAAAGCAGCAUAUUAGUGGACAAUAAUAAUAAUCUUCAUGAUUAUGUGAGGAAGGCACUCCCAGAAAGAGUGAUGGAUAUUGUUGAUCCACGAAUCUUACUAGAUAAAGAAGAACAUGCCAUGGAAGUAUGCCUAGCAUCAAUAUUUGAAGUGGGGAUAUUAUGUUCAGAAGAGACGCCAAGAAAACGCAUUACCAUUAGUGUUGCUAUUAAGCAGCUACAAGCGGCGAGAGACAAACUGCUUGAGCACAGGCAGUAAUGUGGGUGAGAGUGGCUAUCUCUAUAAUUGCACAGCAAAAAUAAGGCAUCUGGCUAUUUAUUUUUACCGAUGUGACAAGGAAGAAUGUGUAGUUUCCAUAUUUUUGUAUUGCUAUAUCACUGUCAAGUUGCUUUAGAACUUUACGUUGCUUAAUUUGGAUCUGCAUUGCUUACUUCGUACCUGUAAUACUAUUGCUUGAAAUUAUGCAGUCGUCAAACUUCUUUGUGUAUCCAGUUCAAAUUUAUGAUUCUCGCUCUAAUUGAUUGGUUGCAUUG